AUGUCCCCCAAAAUGCUUUUCCUUCUGGCCUUAAAGAAAUCCAUCUUCCCUUCCCGUGUUUGCCAUUUCACAGGAGAUGAACCAAGCGUGCUGAAAAGACCUGGCAGGUCCACUCUUUCUGAUCCCGGAGAAGUGGCAUCCAUUCAGCACGAUAAGGUGACAUUUGAGGAUGUGGCUGUACAUUUCAGUGUGGAGGAGUGGGCCUUCCUGGAUCUGGAUCAACGGGCCCUGCACUGGGAGGUCAUGGAAGAAAAUUAUAAGAUGGUUGCUUCUCUGGGUGGUGAUGGACAACGGAGUGAAAAUGGGGGAGCUCCAAAUAAAAUGUGGCUGAAAGGAGCGAGAAGUAAAAAGGAAGAAGAAAGAAGCCUAAGAAUGAAAGCAGAAGGAUAUAACAGGAAGCAAUGCCUUGUCAACACCAGAGAAAUCACAAUCCAAGAGACAGUACACAAAAGCAAGGAGAUUGGAAACAGCCCUGUCUAUGAGAACGGGUUCUUCCAGGAAGCAUCUAGUAUACACUCUGCACACAAUGAGGAAUGCCAUAUUGUAGGCAAGUCAUAUAAAUGCCUGGAAUGUGGAAAAUGCUUUCAUCAAAAAGGAAGCCUCAGUGUACACCGCAUAAUCCACACAGGAGAGAAGCCAUAUAAAUGCCUGGAGUGUGGAAAAUGCUAUACCCAAGAAAGUUACCUAAGGAGACACCAAAAAACCCACACAGGAAAGAAACCCUAUAAAUGCCUGGAGUGUGGAAAAGGUUUUUGUGAUAAGAGAAGUCUUAUUGGACAUGAAAGGAGUCACAGAGGAGAGAAACCCUAUAAAUGCCUGGAGUGUGGAAAAGGUUUUUGUGUUAAGAGAAGUCUUAUUGGACAUGAAAUGAGUCACAGAGGAGAGAAACCCUAUAAAUGCCUGGAGUGCGAGAAGAGUUUCUCUUCAAAAGAUAGCCUAAAGCUGCACCAAAACGCUCACAGAGGAGAGAAGCCAUAUAAAUGCCUAGAGUGUGGAAAAUGUUUCAUUCAAAAUGCUCACCUUAAAAGCCACAGAAGAACUCACACAGGAGAGAAGCCCUAUAAAUGCCUGGAGUGUGGAAAAAGUUUUUCUCAAAAGAGAAUUCUUAUUGGACAUGAAAUGAGUCACAGAGGAGAGAAACCCUAUAAAUGCCUGGAGUGCGGGAAGGGUUUCUCUUUGAGAGAUAGCCUUAAGUAUCACCAAAACAUUCACUCAGAAGAAAAGCCACAUAAAUGCCUGGAGUGUGGAAAAUGCUUCCCUCUAAAAGGAUUCCUCAAGGCACAUAAAAAAACCCACAUGGGAGAGAAGCCAUAUAAAUGCCUGGAGUGUGGAAAAGGUUUCUUUCAGAAAGGUAACUUCAAGAGACAUGAAAUAAUCCACACAGGAGAGAAGCCAUAUAAAUGCCUGGAGUGUGGAAAAGGUUAUUGUGAAAAGAGAGCUCUCAUUGGACAUGAAAUGAAACACAGAGGAGAGAAACCCUACAAAUGUCUGGAGUGCGGGAAGAGUUACAGCCUUAAAGCUGUUCUUACAGCUCACCAGAAGAGUCAUACAGGAGAGAGUGGGAAGAGUUUUAACUACAAAUCAGAGCUCAAAAAUUUCCAGGAGAGUCCAAAACAAAACCAAAGACAUGUCUGAAGUGAGGGAAGAGCUUCCAUUGGAGAGUAGUCUCAAGGCCCAUUAAAAAACCCACACAGGAGAGAAGUCAAAAAGCCUGGAAUUUGAUCCAAGUGAACUGCAAAUCAAUCCUUGAAGAUGACUGGAAUGUUCAUACAAAGAGAAAUUCUACAUAUCCCUGCAUUUUGGAAAGAGUUGAGUUGCACAACAAACUUUGCGGUGUCCUAAAAAUCGAAACCGGAAAGAAGCCAUGGAAAUGCCUGGAGUAUGUCAAGCCUUCACUCAAAAGAAAAAUCCCCUUGAGCAUUAAAUGAAUCUUGAGAGGAGAUAAGCCUCUAAAUGCUCACAGGGUGGGAAGAGUUGUGUCCUCAAAUCAGGUCUCAAACUCCAGGAGAGAAAGCAUACACAUGCCAAGAGGGUGAAAAGGAUUCAAUCCUCAGUGGGCAACAGAAUACUCACACAAUGACGGAAACACACAUGCCCGAAAUUGCUCUAGGCUUUGUAUUGAUUCUCUCGUGUCUAGAUUGAUAGUUGAUUCAAGUCAUCUUGGCCCUUUUUUUGGCACACUUUAAGGGAGAACCUGGCAGAUUCAGUUCAAUCCUGGCCUUGUGGCUCUGUUGCUGCUUCACUGGUUGAUAGGAUGCGGUUUCCACACUGCUUUCCUCCUUUUCAGCUCUUUUGUGCUUGUUUUAGAAAGUUCACUGAAACGUGCUCAGUUUCUUGUAUUCUUUUGCAAAUGCUCAGAGAUAAAUAAAGGCAGCUUAUGACCUUAUGGUGUCAUGUUUUGAGUCUUUGAUUGUCCCUCUGUAAGACAGAGCUUGCACUCAGCCUUGGAAACCCACUGGUGUGUCUGGAGCAAGUGACAUUCUCUCAGCCUCAGUGAAAGAAGACAAAGGUGAAGUUCCUCAGGACCAAAAUACUAUGUGCUUGUCUUUCACUCCACCAGUUUCACAUGCCUUGAAAGGUUUGUUUUGGGUAGGAAAUUCUCCAAAAUAACAAAGAGUAUUUCAAAUUACCAAAUGGGAGACUUCACAGAGCAUUCUCAGCCCGCAGCAGGCAGCAAUAGUGUGGCUGUAAAGAAUUAUCGAGUUCAAGGAAGUGAGAUGAAGAGCUCAGUCUUUAAAGUUUCAAACUGUUUAUUACAACAUAAAAACAACAUUGCUUUCUGCAAGUCUCCAUUACUUCUAGAUUGAAACUAAAGGAGAAAUCUCUAAAGACUAAAUUUUCCCUUUCAUGCAAAGUAGAGGGAUAUCAGGAUGAAAAGGAGGUGAAAGAAGAGAAGAAUUGAUCUUGACCUCUUAAAACAAAGGAAACGUGCACCCUGAAGAAUUCCCUUCUACGUCAUCAGUUAGGAUGGAGGCAAAAGAUCAGAGUGAGAGAAAACGGAACUACAGACAUUCAGGAAUGAGGAGGAAGGAAUUCCGUCCUCUUAGCUUGAUUCUAUCUAUCUGCUUCCCAUUGAGGACUAGAGACUUGAGGAGCAUGGGGUUGAAUUCCAACAAUUUUGUGCAGGGCUUCUCCAAUCUUCUGGCAGCCAUUUUGCAAAGGCACGUUUUAAAUAUCUCAAAUAUCCCUUUGGGGCUCCAAAGGUGGAAUGUGUUGGAAAUGACAACCUUCAAUAAGUUUUCUCUAGCAAUCUGUUUGUUUAUGAUCUUGUUGCUGUUUCCUGUAUGUAUGUUCUGGUAUGCAGCAUUCUUUACUCUAUGGUUUCUGAAGUUAUAAAAGGGACUGAAGACCACAGGCUCUUUUUCUUCUCUUUCUCUCUUUUUGACUAGGUGACCCAUUGACAGCUGUUUUGUUACAAGAGGAAUGCCCUGGCCAGCUGGCACAGAGAACUAUUUUAAAGAUAUUUGAAACUGAACUAAUAAGUUUUUGUACUUGUGUAGGCUGAGCACAUGAAAGUUGUGAUUAAACCAAAUUUGUUACUUCCAUCAAAGUCUAUUUCAUUUUUGUCUCUUGAGUGCAAGAUAUGAAGCAAG